AUGUCAGGUGUUGGCGAAGCCCUCGCAAUUGUUAGCUGCGUUGGAGGGCUGGUUCAAGCCAUCGACGCUGGUCAGCGCAUCGUGAAACAAAUCAAGGACCGUAGACAAGCCCAUCGCAGCAACGGCGCUCUGCCACCAUCGGAGCAACUUGAGCAAACGCUAGCCAGUGGUAGACAGGAGAUUGAGAAGCUGGUGCAUAAAGGCCAACAGAGAUUUGGUUCUGAUUUUGAAGCCGAUGAAACCGCACGAGUAGCCCUCCUCCAGGUCACUGUUCAGAUCCAGAAUGCCCUUCUCAACCGCCUGACAGAGGCCCGAACAGAUGACGGCGUUAUCGACUUCGACGAGUGUAUUGACCUGUCUGAUCAAGGUUGCAAUGAUGCGCUCGUGGCGCUACAGGCGCUUUACAAGAGAAAGCUGGAAGAAGAUAUGGAGCGAAAACAGCGAAUGUCUGCAGCCAGCAAAGAGAUCGUUCAGGUGCAGGCCGAAGCCCUCGCCCAAAGUCCUACCACCAAAGCAUAUCAAGAGCCGACGUCUCCACCAACGAGAAUGCCUACUCAGGAUGUGCAAUCCAAUACAAGCAAGCAGCGGGCCGCAAAAGAAGCUGCUCCACUCCCGGUGGCUGAGCGCAAGAAGGCCAGAGCGUUCAGCCUCAACCCUUUUACUUCAAGAACGAAGACCGAGGCGCCUCCAUCAUCUACUCGAUCUCCGCCAGCUCUUGAGCGUUCGCAGACUGCAAGCCCAAAACUAGCACUCCAACGAAGGAGCACUACUGCCUCGGAUAUGUCUUCUGACAGCCCUGUGAAGCGGUUCUCGAUCAGCUCCGAAAGCUCCCACUCCACGGCGGGAGCUCCGAAGCAAGAUGCGAGCAAUCCAGCAUGGACUAUCGAAAUGUCACGCGCCUCAACCCUGAUGACCGUCAGCUCAGCCGUGUCCUCGGGGCCAACACUUGCCAAGUACAGCGGAUCUUGUAAGUAUGCAUACAAGGCUCGAGACAAGGGCUACAAAGAUGGACUGUCACCCGUCAACCUCUCCAUGCACUUCCAUAACUGGGUCUACCAGUGCAAAAGUAGCAACUGUCGAUAUCAAGCACUGGCUAUCCGCGACAAAGCUGGCGUACGGCUUGAUGACACGAUCCGCACAUCACAUGGAAUCCGAUACCGCGCGAUCUUCCUAGCCAAAUCUCACGUCGCGUACAAGGAGAAUAGCCAAGCGUGGCCGUACAUCUGCCUGUUUUGCCUUUGGGCCAAGAUUCCGUCCGAGGUGUACUACGACAUCAAUAAUCUGAUGAAGCACGUGUCACUUCAUAAAGAACCCACGAUAGGCCUGAAAGAGCUUCCUAUGGAAGGGCCACUCGUCUUCAGCAAUAUGGAUGUCAGUGCGGUGUCAGCGUUCGAUGUCGAGCUUCCGUACCUGGACCAAACAUCCCUGUCCCCUACAGCCCAGCAUAACCCAGACCGGGUUGUAGACAUGGUGCAGAAGCGAUUGGAAGCAGCUGGUUUAGAAGCGGAGAGCAAGCCAUCCGAACGAGUUCUCUCCAAAGCUGAAGAGCUGAGAGUGCAAAGCGACCCUUUUGCCAACCCCUGGGCUUGA